AUGUCCUACCCACCUCAACAAAGCAGAUUCCAAGGUCCUCCGAGGAAAUUUGAUCCUCUACCCAUUUCCAAAAGUGAAAUACUAAAGUACUUGCUGAACGAGCAACUGGUAGAACUCAGGCCUAUGGCACCUCCACCUCCCGGAAAAGCUGCCCCUAAUUUCAGGGCUAAUGAAAGGUGUGAAUUUCACGACAACUCUCCCGAACAUACAUUGGAAAAGUGCUGGGCAUUUAGGCACAAGGUUCAAGACCUGAUAGAAUCAGGGGCUAUUGCUUUUGACAAACCUAACGUAAAGACAAACCCUAUGCCUCGCCAUGAUGGCACAGUCAAUGCGAUAGAGGUGGUCACUGAGCAAGAGUUUGUUCAACAACGGAACUCCCCCAUAGAUGCCCUCAAGAGGUAUCUACUUGCAAAGGGGUUUAUCCUCGAACAUAACGAUGCCUUUAAGACAACCCUGCAAAGACUGGUCGAUCAAGGGGUAGUUCGGUUUAAGGAAUAUCCUGAAGAGGAAUAUGUGGCCAUGCUGGAGAGGAAUGAACCAUUGAUAAUACCUAGGCAAGGGGCAAGGAAGACAUUAAUCAUCCCCUGCGCCAAGUCACCAUUGCUGAUACCUGCACAGGUGCACACUAGGAUCAUCCCGGUCAGAAACCCAUACCUUAUAGACAAAAUGAAAGCAGUCCCUUGGGAAUAUGAGUCUAAUACUAAUACCGACGUGACAAACAUCGUUGGGCCUGGGGGCAUGACUCGUAGUGGCCGCAUAUUCAAUACUGCAAAACCAAACGAGAACCUGGCACAAGCAAGUGAUCAAACUACUGUGGUCCCUACUGAAAAGAGCACAUCCAAAGACAAAGAGGCCACUAACAAAGAUGCUGAAGAGUUCUUGGCAUUGAUCAAGAAAAGUGAUUAUAAGGUGGUGGACCAGUUACACCAAACUCCGUCCAGGAUAUCACUCAUCUCGCUGCUGAUACAUUCAGAAAAACACCGAGACACCUUGAUGAAGAUCUUGAGCGCUGCCCAUGUGACUAAAGACAUCACUGUAAAUCAAUUUGAUGGAAUGGUGGCUAAUCUUACUGCUGGGGCAUGCUUAAGUUUCAGUGAACACGAGUUGCCCUCACAAGGGAAGGAGCAUAACAAAGCCCUGCAUAUCUCCAUGCAAUGUGGAAAAGCUCAUAUGUCUAGAGUACUGAUCGACACAGGGUCUUCAUUAAAUGUGAUGCCAAAGGCCACCUUAGACAAGAUAGAUUUGGAAGGACUGAUAAUAAGACCAAGCCGUCUGGUGGUCAAGGCCUUCGAUGGAUCGCAAAGCCCGGUGUUCGAGGAGGUGGACCUUCCUGUGGUAAUAGGCCCCCAUACAUUCUGCAUCAAUUUCCAAGUAAUGGAGAUUGAACCUGCGUAUACCUGCUUAUUGGGACGUCCUUGGAUCCAUGCUGCUGGGGCAGUUACCUCCACUCUGCAUCAAAAGAUGAAAUUUAUAGAUGGGAACUCUAUAGUAACCGUCAAUGGGGAGGAGGACAUAUUUGUCAGCAAUCUAGACUCAUACCGAUACAUUGAGGCUGGAGAAAAAGCAUUAGAAACUUCAUUCCAAGCGCUAGAGAUUGCCACUGCUGUCACGCUACCAAUUGAGAAAAUGCGAAGGGCGGUGACAUCCUGGAGAGACCUGCAAGACACAAGGAUGGAAGGCUGGGGCAAGGUUCCAGAAGUGCAAGAGAAAAGAGAUCGUCUGGGGUUAGGAUGCCAGCCAACAAAGAAGGCUGCAAAGGAAGAACAACGAUUCCCUCCGAUUGCACAAACUUUUGUCACAGCUGGAUAUGAGCAUGUAUCCAUGAUAUCCAGCAUGGAGGACAAGGAACCCAAGAACAUCAAGAUUGGGGCAACACUGAACGAGAAUGUGAAAACGACACUGGUCAAACUCCUCAAUGACUAUGUGGAAAUAUUCGCUUGGUCAUACCGUGACAUGCCUGGGCUGGAUAUAGACAUCGUCGUGCAUAGGCUACCACUCAAAGAGGGUUGUACACCGGUCAGACAAAAACGCAGAAGAGUUCGACCCGACAUGGAUAAUAAAAUCCGAGAAGAGAGAUCUGAAUAA